CCAUACUUUACUCCGCACAGAAUCCGACUGGGAAAUACAUCAUGAACGCAAAGACCGUCGUCAUCCUAUCCUGCCUAGUUGCUCUGGCCGUAGGGCGUCCCGACAGCCCUCCAGCGCCCGUAGGAUACGGGUAUGAGGAGCCGGAACACCCCCUGAGCUACCACGCCCCAGAGAAGCAUGAGAAGGGGAUGCCAUUCGACUUCGCCUACGACGUCAAGGACAGCUACAAGGGCGUCGACUUCGGCCACAACUCCAACUCCGACGGGAAGGUCGUGACCGGCGAAUACCGAGUCGUCCUCCCCGACGGUCGCACUCAGAUCGUCACUUACACCGCCGACCACUACAACGGAUACCAGGCCGAGGUCAGGUACGAGGGCGAAGCCCAGUACCCUGAACCCAAGCCCUAUGCCCCUUCUCCAUCCUACGGUGCCCCUAAACCCACUUAUGGGGCUCCAGAACCCACGUACGAAGAACCUGACCCAGUCUAUGGAACCCCAGCUCCUACUUACGAGGAACCUAAGGCUCUCUAUGGCGCACCAGAUCACUAAUAAUAUGUCUUAAAUUAUUUUUCUUAUUUAUCUUAAGUAAAUAAAAUGCAAUGCAAAUCA